GUGAAUUUUUUUUAAAAAGGGGAAGGAAGGCGGAUCCACGUGGUUUAAUCGGAGACAGACAGAGAUCCCAUUGUUCAAAAUCAAUAUAAAAAAAAACCCCAGGCAGACAGAAGAAAAGGGGAGAAAAAUCAGAAAGCAGAAAAGAUGUGGACACAUUUAUAAGCUGCAUUCAGAGGCAGCUUUUGCAAAGAAAAGCUCCACGCGCGGGGAAAAGGAGAAAGACGCGAAACCGUCGCGGAAGGACAAAGUUUUUGGUUUCUUUCGGCAUUUUAUUCCUCCCGGUUUGGCAAAAAGCGACUAAAAAGAGAAGAAAAAGCAGGCGAGAAGGACAGGAGAGGAGAUGCCCAGACGGAAAGCGGCCGCGGCCUCGUCAUCCGGAGGGGGCCUGGCCUGGGACGGGACCAGCUCCGGCAACGGCACUGGAGCGCGCAAGCGGCCCGCCUCGGCGCGGGGGGCACCUCAGAAGAAGAAGAGCCGCGGUGGCAACGGAGGCGGCAGCAGCAGCAGCAGUGAUGAGAGAGACGGCCUGGGGGUGCCCCCUGCGACCACCACCCUCGGAGGCAAGAAGGCAGCCCGGCCCGCAGGAGGACGGGGAGCAGAGCACAACCCCCAGACGAAUACCCCCAACUCAACAACCGCCGUGGUGGUCAGCGAACCCGAACACAGCAAGGAGCGCAUUAAACUUGAAGGGUCCAAGUUCAAGGGGCAGCUUCUGAUAUUUGGAGCAACAAACUGGGACCUGAUUGGCCGCAAAGAAGUGCCUAAGCAACAAGCCGCCUACCGUAACCUGGGCCAGAACUUGUGGGGGCCCCACAGGUAUGGGUGUCUCUCGGGGAUCCAAGUCCGGACGGUGGUCUCAGGACCAUGUGCUGCUCAUAGUCUCCUCAUCACCACAGAGGGGAAGCUCUGGAGCUGGGGACGCAAUGACAAAGGUCAGCUGGGCCACGGAGAUACCACGCGGGUGGACGCCCCCAAGCCGAUUGAAGUGCUCAGCAGUGAAAUCGUGGUCUUGGCAGCCUGUGGGCGAAGCCACACGUUGGCCCUAACAGAGAGUGGCUCCGUAUUUUCCUUUGGAGAAAACAAGAUGGGGCAGCUCGGUCUCGGCAAUCAGACGGAUGCAGUCCCAAGCCCCACGCAGAUCAUGUACAAUGGUCAACCAAUCACCAAGAUGGCCUGUGGGGCGGAGUUCAGCAUGGUGAUGGACUGCAAAGGGAACCUCUAUUCUUUUGGAUGCCCGGAAUAUGGACAGCUGGGGCACAACUCUGACGGGAAGUUCAUUGCCCGAGCUCAGAGGAUAGAGUUCGACUGUGAACUGGUUCCUCGUCGCGUUGCCAUCUUCAUAGAGAAGACAAAAGACGGCCAGAUCCUUCCCGUCCCUAACGUGGUGGUGAGGGACGUGGCCUGUGGAGCCAACCACACGCUCGUCCUGGACUCACAGAAGCGUGUCUUCUCUUGGGGCUUCGGGGGCUACGGCCGACUGGGCCACGCCGAGCAGAGAGAUGAGAUGGUGCCACGUUUAGUGAAGCUCUUUGACUUCCCGGGACGUGGGGCAGCGCAGAUUUAUGCAGGCUACACUUGCUCAUUCGCCGUCAGUGAAACAGGUGGCCUGUUUUUCUGGGGGGCUACGAACACCUCCCGGGAGUCAACCAUGUACCCCAAAACUGUGCAGGAUCUUUGUGGCUGGAAAAUCCGCAAUUUGGCUUGUGGGAAGAGCAGUGUUAUAGUGGCCGCAGACGAGAGCACGAUCAGUUGGGGCCCCUCUCCCACCUUUGGAGAACUGGGCUAUGGAGACCACAAGCCCAAGUCCUCAACUUCAGCUCAGGAGGUGAAGACCUUGGAUGGGAUCUACACGGAGCAGGUGGCCAUGGGGUACGCCCACUCCCUGGGAAUCGCCCGCGACGAGAGCGAAGCCGAGAAGGAGAAGCUGAAGAAACUGCCGGAGUACAACCCGCGCACGCUCUGACACAGGCUGCCGGCCCGAAUAGCCUCGACAGGCAGCUGCCGCUUCCAAUGUGCACUGGGACGCAGAGUCUUAUGCGAAGAGAUUACGGAUUACGCCGGCGUGCGUUUUUGUUAGACUACCCAAGAUUUGGCUUGAUAAGCAGUUUUGAAGUUUUAACUACCUGUCCCCAUGACUCUUCCUCCCUCCCCCACAGCCUUUCCCCCUGAGAUGGCUUGUUUUGUGUUUUGUAUUUUUGGUUGGUUGGGAAGGGGUGGUUUAUGUGGGAGAGAUCUGCUCGUCCUCUUGAGUUUCCAUUCCGAUGAAAAUGGCAGGACCGUUCCGUUUUUCCUUUUUUAAGUUUUUAAGAUCAAAUUUUGGCUAGCAAUGGACCAGUAACCAGCAUUUAAGAAAAGGUGAGGGACUGGCUUCAAAAAACAGAGCGGGUGUCGCCCUGAGACCUUCAAGAAGGCUGUUCCGUUUUGUAACUAUUCUGUGCCCCCUCCCAGUCCUCUUCUUUUUCAAAUCUACAUGUUUCCUUCAGGGUUUUUUUUUAAAUCAAGUUUGCCCCGAGGUGACGAUGGUGCUCCCUCUUUCACACUCUUUUGUGUGGUUAAUUGUUUUGUUUUUGUUUGUUCCUGCAUGAGGCUUUCUUCAAAGCUAGAACUUGGCCUUGAGGUUGUAAAUAUCAGGUCUGCCGGCAAUACAGUUGCAUGGAAGCAGAGAGGCACCCCACUUUUGGUUGAUUUUGUGACAUCCGAAAAGGGCAGGAGAUGGAGAGCUUCUCUCUGUUUUGUUUUGGGGGGCGUGACAAAAUCCGGCUUCAGACAUUUGGGAUGAAUCCUUCCCUCCCACCUCGGCACCCAUUGCUUCUCCUGUGCUGGCAGACUCCUCUGGGAAAUCACACAGCAACCCCUUCAGGGUUGCGUUUGCUGCAGCAGGCCAUUAACUAUCCUGCAGGUUCCCACAACCUUCACACUCAUUGUUUUGGUUCCCAGCUGAACGAGCUCUGGGAAUUGCAGUAAGAAAUUCCCAGCAUCUUGUUAAAGAACAACUCCCUGCAUUUUGAAGAGUGGUGGGAGCCGUGACUGUUGUCUAGCCUGGCUGGCUGUGCCUAGAUUUUUCAGUAGUUUAGAAGGUAGGUGGUUGCUUCCCCUGCAGUUGGCAUUCUGUCCACAGCUGCUCCUUUCUCACCAUGUUGUCUCGAUGAAAUUGGGUGCCUUCUGGACCGCGCACACUGCUCUGUCUCGACCCAAACCCACGACUGAAGGGAAUUUCUCCCGCCACCUGCCCGCCCUUUUUCUCUUCUGUUCUCUAUUUGCGGCCUCACUUCUGGAGUCCCCCCCUAAAGCAGUGUUGGCCGAUGUCAUGUGCCAUUUGCAGUUCCAGGAUUCUUGUAAACGUUGGGCAAUGGACACUGGGUGGAGAGAGUUAUCUGACAUUGGGGGGUGUGGGGCUGUAUAGUGCUUUAUUAUUUGCCUUUAUAUAAAAAGAAAAAUCUGGAUCAGAAAUUGGA